GUUCUACCUCAGGGGUGCUAGUGUCUUCCUCCAGAUCUGUGUGGACCUGAAGAGCCUGGAGAUGAGACAGAGGAGACAUAGCAAGUUAUAACUUAAGCUGAAACUCUUUAGGGAAAUGACUUUGCACCUGAAGUUGAGGCACUGAAAGAAGUUGAGGUGGAAGUUAAAAUACAGCGGAAGUAUCAGCUGAAGUGGAAGUGACGAAUCUCCAGUUAAGUAAAACUGGACAACGAUGUGCAGGAAUCUAAUUAACAGAAACUCCACAGUGUAAUUCAAGACACACAACACACAGGUAACAACACUCAAACACAGCCUGUUAUAACAUUUUGUCUCAUUUGUCACCUAAACCUGCUGUUUACAAGCAUAAAACAGUAAGAUGCUGUCUCCUUUUUUCAAUGUACACUUAAUACAAUUUUACAGAAUACGACAUUUCAGCAUUCAGUUGAAAGUAAUGACACAAUUAAUAUAAUGUAAUGUGCACAAUUUACCUUACGUAAAUGGUUAGCUUAGACAAUAAACACAAAUGAGUAUUGAUUAAAGUAAAAUUGAUAAGGCUUUUAGGAGGACACCUAACAUUAGCGGCUAAGGUAACUUAGCAGCCUAGCUACAGCUAAGUUACUUGGGCUAACAUUAGUAGCUAAAUUAGCAGCCUAUACGCUUUUUAUGAAAAAACUUACUAGCAUAUUAGCUGCUAAAUUAGCAGCCUAACGUUACUUGAUACACUUUGGCUCCCUGGAAACUGACUAGAAACUGCAAAGGCGCAAGUUGACAUUUAAGUGCCAGAAAUGUCAAAAACACAUUGUUGUUUUUCAUUCAGACCACUACAUUAACUAGCUAAUUUAGCUAACAUCAGCAAACUGUGGUGUUAGCAUUUAACUUACCGUUGGCAUAUGCAUAUGCAGAGUUGGACUGGCCAUCGGGAGCAUUGGUAGAAAUCCUGUUGGGCCAGUCGCUUUGUGGGCCGCUUGCAUAGCCCAUUAUACAAAAACAAGAACGAGAUAUGCGUUGUUGGCCCACUAUGAUUAUGCACCAGCCCACAUAAAACAUCUCCACACUCUCUCUCGUCGUACAGUCCCAUAACGUGGGAUCGCAUUAAUUUUACGUUGCUGUGACGUAUAGGUUUUCAUCACACACUAAUACGUUCAGAUACUCAAUAGAUGACAAUUCAGAAUGGCCCGUGAUCAACUAUAGGUGUCGUGAUCUUGUGCAGACAUCAUGGUGACGUAUAUGUGCUCACUGGGUAAAGACCAUUAAAUGUCAAUAUGUGCAACAUCACAGCUCGACAAAAGAGUCGAUGUCCCAGAUAAGGAGACGCAGAGAGUUCAGACAUGUAUGUAAUAACAGCAGGAAAAAAGGACUGUUUUUUAGACAGCAGACAUAACUGCAAAAAAGUUGAAAAAAUUACCUUAGAUGAAAGUGUUACAGAUGUCUUAAGUACCCACACAGCCAUGGCUGUAGUUUUCAUUCUCACAAAGUAAUGUUUAACUUUGCUAAAAUCAUGAAGGUUUCAAUUUCUACAAGCAAGUGCUGUAGUGGAUGCCAAUAUAAAAUGUAAACCCAAGGAAGGUUUUAUUUUUUUUCCAGAAAGACCAAUGAAAGAAAUGCUCAGUGACAGAUUAAAUUGAGACAAGCUAGUGGAAGAGAGGCUAGCCUAGACUUGAUGUCAGGACUUCAGCUCUCUGUAAGCCCUACACACAUCUAGCAGUGAGUAUCCCUCUGCCAGUUUUCCAUUAUUCCUUCCAUUCCUGAUUAUAUUUACAUGAGCUUUUCUCAAGCACAUGGCUGUUGACAGCUGUUUUAACAAUGUGUCAAACAUUAACAUUGAGACACAUACACACACACACACACACACACACCACUGAGAGUUGAACUUUGCUGUGCUGAGUCAGUGUGAUUCUAUUUAUGUCUUUACAGGCUCCCAAGCCAUCUGUCAGCCACAUCUUUAUUUACUGUAUCGGCUAUUAAACUCCCACGCAAAGACAUCUCACACACACACAAACAAACAUACGCACAUGUCUCUAUUACAAAAUGUGCUUACAGUGUCAAUGUGGACAACUCUGAACUUAUUUUAAAUGAUAUAAACAUGGCCAGAAAUAAACCUUUUGGCUUAAUAACAAACAAAUGGAUGUCAGAAGUUUAAAGCUGUAUUAAGCAAUUUUUGAACACUAAGGGCAGAAAGUCUUAAAAAUGAACAUGGAAACACUGAUGUAAGAGAUGGGGAUCAAAAUCCACAGUAGCUGAUGCUAAUAUGAGCCUUCUGCAGCCUGAGUUAGCCAAUUCAAAUUGGUAUCUUCCAAAGCAACGGUCUUUUGAGUUACAAAAAAAGGAAAUUUUGUUAAUGUUAAUAUAAAAAAUAUUGAUUGAUUGAGUUUUAUUUACUGUAUGAUCAUAGGAUUGUAGAUCAUGUAAUUGAGCUUAUUUGGGAUUUUUUAGCUAUUAUGCUUGAUGUGUGUUGCAUUUGGAAAUACACUAGCUAUAUUACUCCAAUCAACAUUUUAAUCGACAUAAGCUACAACAGUUGCAUAUGGUGGCUAACGUUAGCAAAAAUUAGAUCCGUAACUGAAGUUGCUGAGUCAGUUCACUAAUUACUCUUGUCUACCUGUGCUAGUUUUACACUGUAACACAAUAUUCAGCCACUGUUCAGCAAGAAUGACAUAGUCUUGCUUUAAGUCAUAAAUAUGACAUUUUUUAGGUGAGCAACUGGCUUCACAUCACAAUUCAGCCACAAAUACUUUAAUUCCUUUUAGUAGAUCACUCCUCCGCAUUAUGAAAAUAUGAGUUUACUCAUUAUACCAGUUAUAGGCUACAACAGAUCAAAACAGGGCCCAGAAAGUUGUGUCAGAGGAGUUCCUCUGGUUGUAGAUCAAAUCAUGUAUCAGAGGCUGUUAUAUUGUCCUUAAUACUAACUCACACACCAGAAAUCACUGGGUUAAGAAUUGAUUCAGCAUGGGUAAAUAUUGACCCGGCGCAAUACUGAGUUCACUUUUUAGAUUACUGUUGGGUUACUGGACUGCACUUGGGUGCUAAAGUCAACCUUGUAUUGUGUCGGUGCUAUAUUGAACCACACUGGGUCAAUUUUUAAUCCAGUGAUUUUUUAUGUGCAAUUAUUUUGUGUGUUAAGAUAGUUUAGGCAGUUCAUAAUGCCCCUGUUAGCAUUAAGCAGAUGUUUACUGUCAGAUGUGGAGUCACAUGUUUGCUUAACCCUUUAAAGCUUUCCUCCUCUCCUGAAGUAGCCUUAAAGUUAAAAGCCUUUUAACACAUUGUUUGACAAUAAAAUAUUGGUGUAUUUUCUGCAUCAGCUUGUUCCAGCUCUUCAUUGAAGCUAUAUGUUUUGUGCUGAAGAUCAUGGGGAAACACCUUUAAGAAGAACACCGAACCGAACAAGAACAUGGAAAUGUGGGAUCAAAUCCCAGCCAGGACAAAGGAAAUCUGACAAACAAUAAACAACAACAGGGAGGGUGACAUGACACUUCAUUCAGUAGCUCUGAAACACCACGCCAGGAAGUGAACUGGGCUGACGCGACGCUCUGCAGGACUCAAAGCACCGAUGACACAGAUACAGACAGAGGAGCAACACAGCUGACGCAGCACUCGAUGGGACCAUGUCGUCACCAGAGGUGUGCUGGCCGGUGCCGAUGCGAGCCAUCGGGGCUCAGAACCUCCUCACCAUGCCAGGCGGAGUUUCCAUGGCGGGAUACCUCCACAAGAAGGGAGGCAGUCAGUUUAGCCUCAUGAAAUGGCCGCUGAGGUACACUAUCCUCCAUAAGGGCUGUGUGUACUACUUUAAGAGCAGUACCUCUCCUGCACCACAGGGCGCGUUCUCUCUUAAUGGCUACAACAGAGUGAUGAGAGCAGCAGAGGAGACAACGUCCAACAAUGUUUUUCCUUUUAAGAUCGUCCACUUCAGUAAAAAACACAGGACAUGGUUUUUCUCUGCAGCCAGCGAGGACGAGAGGAGGAAAUGGAUGCGAUACCUGCGGAGGGAGAUAGAUCACUAUAACGACAGAAAAGAGUCACACAUUCCAAGUAGUGACUCGGAUUCAGAUGCCGACAGUUUCUAUGGCACGAUUGAGAAGCCCAUGGAUAUUAAACACCCCAUCGAUAAUGCAGAAGAUGAUUAUGUUGAGGAUGAUGAUGAUGACGAUGAGGAAGACUACCUGAAGCCAGACAGUGAAUGUUCGCCGACAUCUACAGGUCGACCCACAGGGCCUCCACCCUCCUACCCUCCACCCCCAGUGCCAGCUGCUUUCCAGCUCCGUCAAGACUCCUGUCCAACUUUCAGCAAAGGCCUGCCUCCUCCCGUACCGUCACACAACAGAAUCCCAACCAGCCCGCUCCCCAAAAAACCCCCACCCUCUGUCCCCCCUCCCUCCAUAUUGAAGGACCCCAGCAAAGGCCCACCUCCUCCUCUCCCCUUCGCCCCCCACCUGCAGAAGUCCACAUCUCCCACCCCUCCUCCUCCUCCUCCCCCCAACGCAAAGAGAACUUUUCAGAGCAGGGCGACAUCUGUGCCAGGGCUCAGCAACGAAAAAAAAGACUGGAAGCCUCCGCUGGCCUUGUCGGUCCUAUCUCCCGCCACUCUUCCUGUCUGUGAUCAAUUGGAGACUAGGUUGAUCCUGAAUGGUCCCAACCACAGCUCCCUUAAUGUUGGAGGCAGACAGUCGUUGGGCAACCACCACCUCGGGGUGAUGAGCAACCACCGCAGCAAGCCAAGCCUACCGAUUUCCCCUCCCUCGAAUUUUGUAGGGUCCACCCUCAAACCUGUGAUGUCAGACUCCCUGUCCAUCACCCAGAUGCCCUCCGGUCACCCACCACCACCUAGCCAUCCCCCACUGUCUCCUCUUCUCAAAGCUGGACUACAAAAUAAACCCAAACCUCCUCCACCAUCAGUCAAACCCCCGCUUCCUGCAGCCAAGUCCAAGCCACCGACCCCAUUUCAAAGAGCAUCUCCAGAUGGCCAGAGCUUCCGCUCAUUGAGUGACGAGACGCCUACAGAGUUCAGGAGGAAACGAGAGUCGGCUAAACACGGUGGAGGAGAAGAUUCUGAUGAUGAUUACGAAAAUGUGCAGCUUCCAGACUCUGUGUUCAUUGACACGACUGAAACUAGCGUUGUAGAAAGGUUAUUCAAGAACAGCUCCAGCCCCCCAGCGGAUGGACUUUAUGGCAUCAGAAACUCAGGAACCAAAACCUCCAAGGUGCUGGUGGUGUGGGACGCCAGUAUAGGCAAAGCCAGAAACUACCGCCUGUUUACAGAGGAUGACUGCAUAUUUCUGGAGACCGAAGUGAAUUUCCCCACUCUGUCAGCCUUGAUCGAACACUACUACAACCAUCCCCUUCCUCACCAUGGCUCGCUUUGCCUGCAGAUCCCCUACACAAAGAUAAUGAACAUCUGAUCAACACAGUCGACUUACCAUAAACUGAAACUAAUGGACACCAAAGCAGGAGAGUCGACUGAAAUCAAUGCUCUGCCAGCAACCCAUGGAGAUGAACUGACCCACUCAGAUUAAUAACUGUCAGAGUAUGUUAAAACAGAUCAUACCUCUCACUAUUCACAUGUGGCUGCACCAGAAUGCACCAUAAAGCUUUGUGUUAAUCAGCAAGGACAACAACAUUUCUAAGAUUUUGACUGCUAGGACACCAUGGACACCAGGUAUUGUGUGUGCAGCAUGUCAAUCUUGAUAACAAACACAGUUCAUGGAACAUUAUUUAACUUAUUUUAAGACAAACUCUCAAACUCUUAAAACAGCAAGCAAUCCUUUUCCUUUCCUGUCCAUUGAAAACAUCAGUUACUGUAAAUACAUCAAAUCAAUGAUUAUUAAUGAAAGAUAUUAGUUAUGACAAAUUUAAAGCUGUUCUAAAAAUCUGACAAACCUCUAACCCUAAUGGACCAAAAAAAGAUCUGACAUCUGUGCUGUUUUCUUGUAACAUUCCUGCUGCUUUAUGCACACUGUGAAUAAUCAGUGUGAACAGGAAAGUUUUAACUUAGAAAGAGAUGAAUCCCAGUCAAUCCAGCCACUCUGAUGGAUGUGAUGUAUUUUGUCCACAGAGGGGCACUGUAACAUCAAAUGACAAAAUACAUCCAGCUCUGCUGUCAAAGAUCCAUGUUCAUGUGGAAUUCUGGGAAUCGGUGUCAUGUGUUUACCUAUCCAAAUAGCCGCAUUUACAGUAUUAGCAAUAAAUCAUCAUCUUAAAACUAACUUUUAGGUGAAUUACUGCCAACAACUGGAACAGUGUUAGACCGUGGUGAAUUGUGGGAGACAGUUAGUUCCGAAUACGACUCUGAAGUGUGCAUCAAGAGAGGGUUAAGUGAAUUGCAUGCUCAUAUUUCUUCAGACGUGCACACUUUCCUAUUACCUGGUGAAACUUGCCAAGGAUUUAUUUGUUAAAGACGGCAGGUGUGGGGUUUAGGACAGACAUGUCGUCUCUUAUGAUGCUCAUCACGGCCCCCAUGACACCUCAAGUCUGAACAGUUUCAGGACCAAACGACGCAAAGACAUGUCAUCCUAAACAAACACUGAUACAUUGAACCUGAAAUGUCAAAAUCAUGAAUGAGAGGGAAGAAACGUCUUUAUUAGUUUACACAUCUUCAGCCUUCUGUCCAAACUUUGUACCUCUAUGAUAUCUGUGUAAUUAACAGGCACUCACUCACUUAUUAAGUGUGCAAAACACACACACACACAUCUUUCUUUAACUUCAUUUGAAAAAGUAAAUUUUCAAGCCCAAAAACCUAAUGAAGAGUCAGUUUGGGCUAUAAUAAAAUCUAAAUUUCAAAGGGAACAUUCUACAGUAUUGUGAGUCCUUGGGAGGCAAAAAACAUCUCACUCAUGAUAUUUGUAAAAGUUGAAAAACACAGGCCCUAACUGAUGCAACAUCUUUGACUGAACAUCUUUUUUUUGUUAGUUGUCAACUGCAAAAAUGUAAACUUUCUGCAAAUACAGUUUGUAUGCUGUUCAUCACUCUAUAUUUAUAUGUAAAUGCUGUAUGUACUGUAAAAACCAUACAUGUACAAAUGUGAAUAUAUUGUUUUCUACAGAAAUAUAUGUUGAGAAUAUAUAAAAUAUUAC